CCUUACCAGAAGAGAACAAGGGUUGUUUGCGUUUGAGGGAACGAUUAAGGUUAGACUAUUGAAUGGCAGAUCAAUUACCUCCUGCACUAGCUCUUGCUCUUCAAUGGCGGUCACCCGCAUCAACUUAUCCCUAACACUACGGUAAUAUCAAAGUCUUGUUAGUGUGUGUAUAUUUUAAUGGCAUUUAUAACAGUCAUGAGUUUAGAUAAUUAGGGAUUACGAAUAUUAGAAGUAGAUUUUGAUAAUGUCAAUUCCAAUUUAGAGUUGUGAAGUUAUUAAAUUGAUAGAACAGAGGAGAUGUCAGAAUACUUACCUGAAGAGGUUUUAGUUCAAAUAUUAAGCAGAUUGCCUGUCCAAUCCAUUUUGAGAUGCACUUGUGUAUGCAAGUUAUGGAAUUUUAUCAUCAAAAACCCUCAUUUCAUCUCUACUUUCUCGUCAAACAAUCAUCACCGUUACUUCUUUUUGAGUCACUCUUAUUACUCUAACCAAUACUCUCUGCGUUUCGACAACAAACAUCUCGAUGAGUACAUGUCUCUCCAUCCACCUUUCAACCAAGCCGAUGCCUUCCGUAUGGUUGGCGCUAGUAAUGGUCUUGUCUGUCUCUAUUGUACCUCCCGAAACCAUUUCCUCUUUAACGAGUUCGUUAUCUGGAAUCCUUCCAUUAGAAAAUCCUUGAGGGUACCUAAAUCUAGUUUUCCUCUUCUGGGUUUGGCUUACGAAUUACUACUUGGGUUUGGUUUUGAUUCAAGAACCAAUGAUUACAAAUUGUUAACGUUUUCGUUUGCCUUUAAUACUGAUGUGGUUUUAUAUUCACUCAAUUCUAACUCUUGGAAGAAAAUCACUAAUGUUGUUUGCAAAUUUGGAAAAUAUGGAGGUUGGUCAAUUAAUCCAACUUUUGUCGACGGCAGAUUCUACUGGAAUGUGACUGUUGAGCAAAAGAAUUUAGUGUUGGUGUUCGACUUAAGGGAUGAGAUGUUUGGAGAGAUUUCAUUGCCUAAAUGUUUUGAAUAUGUUGACAUGUCAUAUUUGAAAUUGAAAGCAUUUCGAGAAUCAUCGAUCGCAGUCAUCCAUGAAAAUAGGCGGGAUAGGUCUUACGAAUCUAAUUUAUGGGUGAUGAAAGACUACAAUAGCGGUGCAUGGUCGAAGUGAGCAACAGUUGGAAAACGCUGGAGGGGAAGUUCAAAGGUGCUUGAAUUUAGAGAUAAUGGUGAACUAUUGGUUAUGUUUAAGAGAAAACCACGCUUAGCCUCAUAUAAUAUAAAGAACGGACGGAUAAAAAAUCUGAUGGAUUUGGACAGUAAUCUUCAAGUGGUUUCUGUUUAUAGGCAUGUGGAGAGCCUAACUUUUCUUGACGAAGAGAAGGCAAACUUUUGUUAGCACAGUAAGCAACAGCCUACUCAACUCGGUAAUUGACUCAAAAAGCUUGUACUUGACUCAAUUAACAUGGAAUCAAUUGCUAAGUAUUUUAUGAUUCAAUUCCGUAUAAGAACUUGGGUAGCUCAUGAGGCUAUCAUCGUCCUUCAACAUCAGAUCAAAUGGGGAUUUGCCUCUGCUAGCUCUUGCUUUUGAAUAUUUUGAUGUGUUCGCUAGUGGAGUUCUCUGUUCUCGGGGUCGCGCUUGCCUCAUCAAAACAAAUGCAACCGAUUAUGAGGAUCUUGGCAUAGGAGUGUCCAUACCAUCAAACUCUUCUACAUGAAAAUACCUCUUGCCAUCGAUGAUUCGACGUUGAUACACUUCGACUUGAAAAUUCCCAAUACUUUUGUCGUUUAGUGUUGCAGUUUAGCUUGUGUACCUUACUCUCCAGUUUUAUUCUGCGUCGUCUAAUCAAUUUGUUUCUGUUUACCACUUAGUUUUUUGUUUUUGUUUUUGCUGUGCUGUACAUUUAUCUGGUGUUUGCUGAGUUGCCUCACUACACCUUUAUUUAUCUUAUUUUCGAGUUAGAUAUACUUGAGAAAUUAGUCUAGUUAU